UCCCCCGUGUCAGGACCUAGUGCAGUGCAGACACAGCUGAAGACUUCAGUCUGAACCUUUUGAUAUGAUACCUUCAGUUAAACUCAACAAUGGUGCAAAGAUGCCCAUUGUAGGUCUGGGAACAUGGAGGGCAGACCAUGGAAAAGGAAGCGAGGCCGUGAAACUGGCAAUUAGAGCUGGUUACAGGCACAUCGACUGUGCUCUGGUUUACCAGAAUGAAGAAGAAGUCGGGACUGGGAUCCUGGAGAGUAUUGAGCAAGGAGUGGUGAAGCGCGAGGAUCUGUUCAUUGUCAGUAAGCUGUGGUGCACCUUCCACCGUCCAUCUCUGGUGAGGACAGCGUGUGAGAAGACGCUCGGUGACCUCAAGUCGAAGUACCUGGACCUCUACCUCAUGCACUUCCCUAUGGGGGUCAAGCCCGGUGAGGACCUGUUCCCCUUAGACGAUCAAGGCCAGGUCAUUGCAGAUGACAGCAAUUUCUUGGACACUUGGGAGGCUAUGGAAGAGCUGGUGGACACCGGACUGGUCAAGGCUAUUGGAGUUUCCAACUUUAAUAAAGAUCAGCUUGAAGCUUUACUCAACAAACCCGGUCUCAAGUACAAACCUGAGAACAAUCAGAUCGAAUGCCAUCCAUACCUGACGCAGGAGAAGCUGAUCAACUACUGCCACUCCAAGGACAUCUCAGUGACAGCCUACAGCCCUCUGGGCUCCCCUGACAGGCCCUGGUCUUCAUCUGAUGAACCCUACCUCCUGGAAGACCCAAAGAUCAAGGCCAUCGCACAAAAGCACAAGAAAACUCCAGCGCAGAUCCUCAUCAAAUUCCACAUUCAGAGGAAUGUGAUUGUGAUAACUAAGUCAGCGACACCUCGUCGGAUUACUGAAAACUUAAAGCUGUUUGACUUUGAGCUGAGUGAUGACGAUAUGAAGACCAUGUUGGGAUUAAACAAGAACUGGAGAGGAUUCCCAGUGCUUUGGGCCACCAAACACAAGGAUUUCCCUCUGAAUGGAGAAUAAUUGGGUCAGUGUACGGAGCAAUCUCAAUUUUAAUUAUAAAACUAUUUAUCUGGUUUUGAAAAAAGAAACCAGUGUAAUGCAACAGCUUGUUCUUUCUCUCUUAAUCUACCAUUGAAAGAAAUAUUGAUAUAUGUUUUGUUUUCCUAUAAAAAUGUUUCAAUUGUAUAUCUUUUGCAAACCCCAAUAAAAAACUAUCUAUCUGUUACUUUUAAUCUGUGGAGUUAUCGCAACACUUUUAUUUUGAAAAGGACUAUUAAGUCCUUGCACUGAGUUCCGUUUCCGGCUGUUGCGCCGUUAACCCACUUAGAUUGAUACAACGUAAUGAACGGUAAACUGCACUGAGAAAAAAACACGUUGACACUUUUCCCGUUCAAAAUUAAAAGUUUUGCCGGAUUUGUGUUUCGUGAUUGGACAAAACUGCCACCUUUCUUUUCCCCCUUUAGCGCUUACCCUGAAGUGCUGCCGCCCCCUAGUGGAUUUGUGUCCCGCACUUGGAAACCCCCAUGCUAAUAAAACCACUGGUGCUUACCAAAUCAUAGAAGAAUGAUAUUGUAGCACCUUCUUCAGGGAUGAAUUUGUCACCGUUUUUAUACAAAAAUGAUUCGACAGUGCACCUUAAACCACUUUGAUGCAGUGUUAACGACGUUCUAAUAGCUCAGUGGCUAAUGGCAAAGGUUUACUGAAGUGUUUCCCAACUUUAUUUGAGCCACACAUAGCAUAUAAUUACAAAUAUAUUACAUAAGAAACGUCCUAUGAACAGCCAACGAACAAAUAUGACACAAACAUGAUAUGUCAUGACAUAUAAUCUUCUAAUUUUAAUU